AUUUUAAUCAAGUAAACUAUGAGUAUAAAAACCAUGGAGAAGCUCUCUAGUUGGUCCAGCGAAAUGUGUGUUCCGUUUAGCCAUCCAUGAAGCCGUAAUCUGCAAUUUUUAACCGUCAGAUGAAAACAACCCCUUCCCAUCUAGAAUCAAUGAAAAAGCAAUGUGUGUCCCUCUUCUCUCUCUUUUCUCUCCCCUCUUUUGUUACCAUUUUUCUCUCUCUCAAUGCAAACCCUCAAAUUCCCAAUUUCUUGCCACAUACCUGCAAUCUCACAAAACCAUAAGAUCGACUAUGGAUUUUCAUCAACAAUAUCUCCGCACAUUAAACUACCUUACAUCGUCAACUGUAAAGGAAUUGAAAUUUCUACCCAAAAAUCUAGCUCUAUUAACUCAUUUAACUUCUCUGGAAACAAUGGAGUAGUAGAUGGUAGCAGUUUUAUAAAAAAUGUUAGUCUUAGAGAUGCUGAUAUUUCUACUCUUGGUAAUCUCUGUGUUGAUAUAGUUCUUAACGUUCCUACUUUGCCCCCACCUUCGCUCAAUGAGAGAAAAGCUUAUAUGGAACAAUUAUCUGCUUCUCGUCCUGACAAGAGAUAUUGGGAAGCUGGUGGUAACUGCAAUGUGGCUAUAGCUGCGGCGAGACUAGGACUUAAUUGUGUUACAAUUGGCAAUGUGGGUAAUGAAGUCUAUGGACGUUUCCUUUUGGAUGUGCUUCAUAACGAAGGGAUUGGUAUGGUUCGAAUGAAUGAAAAUACUGAUGAUGUUGUUGAAAGUGUGUUUUAUGAAACACUUCUCUGUUGGGUAUUGGUGGAUCCUUUACAAAGACAUGGAUUUUGUAGUCGUGCUGAUUUUAGCAGUGAACCUGCAUUUGGAUGGAUGAGAGUUCUGUCUAAAAAUGUAAAGAUGGCAAUUAAACGUUCCAAAAUUCUUUUCUGUAAUGGUUAUACCUUUGAUGAGCUCUCCCCUGUUUUGAUAAUCUCAGCACUUGAGUAUUCCAUUGAAGUUGGGACAUCAUUCUUUUUUGAUCCCGGGCCACGAGGAAAGACUCUAGCUACUGGGACUCCUGAAGAGCAAAGAGCACUUGACCAGUGUUUGAGGAUGAGUGACGUUCUACUUUUAACAUCAGAUGAGGCUGAAUCAUUGACUGGCAUCACAAACCCAAUUCGGGCUGGUCAAGCGCUGCUUAGGAAAGGUGUGCGCACGAAAUGGGUCAUCGUUAAGAUGGGUCCGAAGGGCUCAAUCUUAAUCAGAAGUUCUAGUAUUACCUGUGCACCUACGUUUAAGGUGAACGUAAUCGAUACGGUUGGGUGUGGAGAUAGCUUUGUCGCUGCUAUUGCAUGUGGAUUCAUACACAAUAUGCCCACAGUUUAUUCAUUAGCACUAGCAAAUGCAGUGGGAGCUGCGACUGCCAUGGGUUGUGGAGCCGGUAGGAAUGUUGCUACGUUGGAGAAGGUUAUUGAGCUUGUCAAGGUUUCAGAUCUGAAUGAAGAUGAAAGCUUAUCUAACUUGCUUGAUCUGGAAAACAUUCCGAACUUACCUGAAAUCAUACUCCUUUCAAAAGCACUCAUGAACGGAAUAAAUGCUCAUAUGAUGAAUCAUGUUUCACUCCAAAAAGUGGUUUCCGAGCUUUUGCCCAAGCUUGAAAAUGUACACCAAAACAGAAUCAUUUCAUCUUGAUGGGAGACGAAUAAGAAACUGCAACUUGAAGAGCUCAUAGUAACUUCCUCGAGAUGGAAUGAUUGCCUCGUACAGAUUUGAUUAGUGGAUGCAGAAAUAGGAUUGACGAUUGAUUCCUUUAUGUGGGUUAAUGUCGAGAUGAAAUCCUUGGUGGUAAUUUUUCUGACUCCAAAAUAUCCCACUGAUUCAACAUGUCUGUAUUUAUAAUUAUCAAAGAUACAAUUUCUGUUGCAAUUUUUUUUUUCGCAAUUGGUCCGCAGGAUAUUACUGAAUUAUGUUCUCCAGUUUAAAAUGUUGGGCAGGUAAUUGUUGAUUAUCUAGUACCGGUUCCAUUCUGUUUGGAAACCUCCACUCGCAUGGCAACCUCCUACAAGGAUGAAACAAAGAUUGAUUUUUAAGUA